AUGUCGAGCCGUGCUCUGAGGAGGUUGAAGGGGAAAAAGCGGGGGCAGGAGGCCCUGGACCUCGGAGAUCUAGUCCCAGGUGAAGGGCCAGAGCCAGAGGAGAAGGCUGCGGAUGUUGAGGAGGAAGAAUGGGAACUGGAUGAAGCUAUUCUCCAGCCUGCUAAGAGCAGCAGCAGGAAAACAAAGAAGAAUAAGAACAACUUGAGCAACAUUUACGAACUGGUAGUGUUUCUCUUUUUCUAAGACACAUUUUAAAGAAAUGUCUUGCUAACUGCCACGUAGCUCCACCCCUAGGCUACGUAACUUUGUGACAAAGCUAGCUAGCUUGUUAAGCUAGUCAAUGAAAUAAGCAGCUGGACACAUCGACAUAUACAGACAGUGUCAACAAAUCAAACAAUAAUUAUACUGACUAACUGCUUUUGCCUGGCCAGACAGGACUCAUACAGUACACCCCCUUGCCUUGACCAUAUGAAUGUCACUAGGAUGGGUUGGAAUUCCAAUGGCUCCCACAAGAAAUCAAGGCAGAGACUGACUAAAGAUUAAUUAAAACGAUGUGCAAUGUAGAGAUUUAGUCUCUGAUAUACAACCUUAACCUGAGCCUUUCCCUCCUUUGCUGGAACCACAUCUCUGCAGAUAUGUGACGCAGAGAAUGAAGCAGAGAAAGCUACGACUGAUGAAGACACAGUGAAGCCAGAAGAACAGAAUGGUGAUGAAGGCGAGGAGAAGAGCAACAGUGGGGAAACAGAGAAGAGAGAUGCACAGCCUGAGACAGGUGCUGCGAAGGUGAGGAGAGGGAAACGGACACCCUUAGAUACACUGUAGCCUCCACAGUAUUAUGGGGUAUUGAGAGCCCUUUCCUCUUCAGUCUUGUUGUUAUUAUGCAUGAUUGCUCUAGUCGGAAUGUUUUGAAGAGCUGUCUAACUGUUUUUAUUUUCUUAUGAUGUCAGCCUGAGUCCGGAGAUAAAGCGAGCAAGAAAAAGAAGAAGAAGAAGAAGAAGAAGAACACUACAGGAGAUAAACUGGUAUACAGUCCAUCUUGACAAAUCACUUACACAUAUGUCCCCCAAUGUGAGGGCACUGUUGUGCACAUUGCCAUAUUUGCCACUUGCUUUAGCAGCAUUUCAUUGUAUGUUGAGGCUAUGGGGGUGCUGCCCUGAUGCCGUCUCACUCAGUCACAUAGGCUGCUCUGUCUUAUAUUUGACUCUUAUGUGUGGUUGUCAGGAGGUAGCUGGGGAUGACAUUGAUGCGUUGCUGGAGAGCAUAGAGCAGUCUAAUGGACUGACCCUGCAGAAUGAGGGCUGUGGAGGCUCAGACAACAGGCCUGUACUCUACGUGGAACACAGGUGAGUAGGUCCACAGCACUGCAUCCAAUCAGACAUCAGGACUCUCUGUGGGGUAAUGUCAUCCAAUCAGAGUACACAGAACUUAUGGCAGUCAUUUAUCAGUGAUAGAUUUUAGUUGAACUUACCCUCUUUUGUUGGUUAGGAACCUGAAUCCUGAGACAGAGUUGAAGAGAUACUUUGGAGCUCGAGCAGUUCUUGGAGAUCAAAGGUAAGAUAUUCACAGAACUCCUUAUCUGUGGGACUAAUACUACUAAAGGUUACAGUAUAAGCCCAUCUCUUCAUUCUUUCUUCAGACCUCGUCAGAGACAGAGACAGUUCCAUCGCAGCACCUGGAUGACCAUCCCUAAAGACACCUGGCCACGCUUCAGUCGCCCAGGUCAGACCUACUCUCAACCUCUCACACUCGGCAUCGCUCAGAACGCUGAAAGCCUUGUGAAUACAUACUAUUUAUGCAACAUUUCACAGAAAUGUUUUUGUGGAUGCAAAUGUAAUGAAGUAUCUCCCAUGACAAAGUCACAAAACGGAAGAUAAUGCCCUCAUACUAGGGCUGUCCCCAACCCAAAAAAUUAUUGGUUGACCAAGAGUAAUCUGUUCUUUCGGCAUUAUCUUCUGUUUUGUGACUUUGUUAUGGGAGAUACUUAAAUACAUUUGCAUCCACAGAAACAUUUCUGUGAAAUGUUGCAUAAAUAGUAUGUAUUCACAAGGCUAUUUUCCAUAUAUAGGCACAUCCUAUGUGUUUUAAUCAAAUCAACUAUAUGCACUGAGAUUGUCUGAUGCUUUAAGACACAGAAAUGACUAGAGGGAGUCUGACCACAAUUGAUUGGAUUGUGCCACCUGGCUCAGACUUUCUGCGCUGUGUUACAAAAAAAGACAGCGAGUGACUGUGUGACUAGCACCCUGUGUCUCUCUCUCCUCCCUGCUGCAGCGACCACCACACAUCAACAGUGUGUAUAGCGCUAUCCGUGUUGCUGAAGCCAUUAUGUUACCGAAAUCCCUAAUUUGUUUAGGAAAAACAUUCCCUAUUCCCUCAACCCUUGCUCUCUCUAUGUAAAACAUGUAUGCUUCGCAUGCACGUGACCAAUAGGGCCUGACCUAUAGCAUAUCAUAAUCACAUCAAUAAAUUGGUUAUAACAAACUCUGAACACAGUAACACAAACACUCAAACAGGCAACAGAAGCAGGAUCUGUCUUAUAUAUAUAUAUAUAUAUAUAUAUAUAUAUAUAUAUAUAUAUAUAUAUAUAUGGAAUAAUUGAUCAUAAUAAUAAUAUCUGUCACAUUGUUCUCAACACCAAUAUGCUGGUUAACUUUGCUAUUAGCAACAUGGUCUAGGAAAAGGCGCCAAUUCAACAGCGCACUGAUGUGUUUCAGAACAGCAACCAUUGUCCCAACGCAGGAGAAAGUGCAUUUGUUAUAAAAUAAUAUAUUUUUAUUUGUGUUGCACCAUUGUUCUUACAUAAUAUAACCAUAUACAAUUUCAGUAUCAUGUCUUAGACUGAUGGGCUGUUCCAUCCCCACAGCCUCCACAAUGGAUCAGUCCACUCAGACAGGUAUAGCAGGGUCCCCGUUAGCUACUGCGAAGGCAGCCACUACUCUUUCUAUGGUCCAAACAGGAACAGAAAAAUAGGCUUGGGCGAUAUACCGUAUAUCAGGGUAUUUCAAAAUACCGACGGUAUGAUUUUCAAUACCGUUCAGAAAUUAAAAACACACAAAAAAAGUUAUACUUUUUGGGUUGGGAGCACCCCCGCCUCGCGGGGGCUGCGAGAGUGUGUGCUACUCCACUGCUUAUAACUAUAAUUGAAAUAUAACUAUAAGAAAUCUCAGAUAAAUUAUAUCCAGCUCAGGGCUCCAGCUAUGCAUUUGGUUUGCUAACAUGCUAGCUAAGUGGCUAGAUGUCAAAAUCAAGCUUCUUGGUUACAGCAGAGACAUUCAAUACCCUCCUGGAUCAAGAUCCCUUUUGCCUAAAUGGUUUUGUGUGUAAAUAAAAAAAUUAUCAAUACCCCGAUAUGGUAGAGAAAUGGUAUGACGGUAUGAAAAUCUGGAGACCGCCCCACCCUACAAAACAAAAAAACACAUCAAAACAAUAGUUUACAUCAUAAAUAAAUCAAUACAUCACAACAAAUAUUGUGUACUAUACAAAUUCACACUGCUCCACCAUAACAGAUGUACAAUCUAAAAUGUACAACAAUACAAUAUUACAGUGUGUGUGUGUGUCUCUUCACAGUCUGCGUUGUGCCGUGAGGUGUUGUUUUUAUGUUUUUUAAAAUCUGAUUUUACUGCUAGAUUGGGUUACCUGAUGUGGAAGAGAGUUCCAUGUUGUCUUGGCUCUAUGAAGUACUGUGCGUUUCCCAACCUCUGUUCUGGCCUUAAGGCAGGACUCUACAACCCUGUUCCUGGAGAGCUAUUGUCCUGAAGGUUUUCGCUCCAACCCUAAUCUAGCACACCUGAUUCUAAUAAUUAGCUGGUUGAUAAGCUGAACCAGUUUAGUUACAACUGAGGUUGAACUAACUGAAAACCUACAGGAGGUUAGCUCUCCAUGAACAGGGUUGGAGACCCCUGCUUUAGGGACUGUGAAGAGACCCCUGGUGGCAUGUCUUGUAGGGUAUUAAUGGGUGUCUGAGCUGUGUGUUAGCUGUUUGAACAGACAGUUCAGUGCUUUCAACACGUCGAAACCUCUCACAAAGACAAGUAGUGAUGCAGUCAAUCGCUCCUCUACUUUGAGCCAGGAGAGAUUGACAGGCAUGUUUAUUUUUUUUAUUUUUUUACCUUUAUUUAACUAGGCAAGUCAGUUAAGAACAAAUUCUUAUUUACAAUGACGGCCUUCACCGGCCAAACCCGGACGACGCUGGGCCAAUUGUGCGCCGCCCUAUGGGACUCCCAAUCACGGCCGAUUGUGAUACAGCCUGGAAUCGAACCAGGGGGUCUGUAGUGACGUCUCAAGCACUGAGAUGCAGUGCCUUAGACCACUAUUAGCCCUCUGUGUAGUGUACAUUUAAGGGCCAGCCACGCUAUAGCUCUAGUUCUCUGAAAUACAUUUUGAUAUGCCAGUUUCUAUUUAUUAGGAUUUAAUAAAUUAUGCUAAAUUUAAUCCCCAUCUCCUCAGGCUGGCGCCUCUGUGUUGAGCAACAAGGCGACAGUGUCUCUCCAUUAUCACAAAUUUGGAAUUCUCAUCAGCAGGACUCUAAGAAUCCUGGUUCAGUUUGGGUAGCUUAUAACCAAUCAAGAGUAGCAACAGAAAAAAUUACAUGUUAACAGCAGUGGGCAGCCUGAAGCCAUGUUGACAGAGAGCUUUUCUGGGUAGGAUCACACCAAAGGCUUUGUUCUGUGGAUUUGAACUUUGCCCUAUGAAGUCAAAUCACCAUGUAUCAUUAAUCAAAUGCUGCCUAGCCCUUGGCCUCAAAUACUCUUUUGAUGUUUGGGAAAGACUCCAUUGAUGUUUGGGUCCAUAGUGCCCCUGGUGUUGUGGGAUACUGGGUUGUUUAACCCAGAGCUGAGGUUGGAGAAGAAUCAGAGUUUCUGUUAUGGCAGUGUUAGCUACUCCUCAGGGUGUCAAAGCUCCCCCAAACUCAAGGCUUAUGUAAUCACCUGACUGGAGAUUUGAUCUGGGAAAUAUCACUUCCCUCCCAAAAUAUAGAUGGGUGAUUUUAUCUUUUACCUCUCACUUUUUGAGUAGUCUCAAUGUCUUAGCUUGUACAGUGCAUUCGGAAACUAUUCAGACUCCCUGACUUUUUCCACAUUUUGUUACAUUACAGCCUUAUUCUAAAAUUGAUUAAAUUGUUUUUUUUCUCUCAUCAAUCUACACACAAUACCCAAUAAUGACAAAUCAAAAACAGGUUUUUAGAAAUUUUUACAAAUGUAUAAAAAACAAGACCCUUUACUCAGUACUUUGUUGAAGCACCUUUGGCAGCGAUUACAGCCUCAAGUCUUCUUGGGUAUAACGCUACAAGCUUGGCACUCCUCUAUUUGGGGAGUUUCUCCCAUUCCUCUCUGCAGACCCUCUCAAGCUCUGUCAGGUUGGAUGGGGAGCGUUGCUGCACAGCUGUUUUCAGGUCUCUCCAGAGAUGUUCGAUCGGAUCAAGUCCGAUCGUCUGGCUGGGCCACUCAAGGACAUUCAGAGACUUGUCCCGAAAGCCACUCCUGCGUUGUCUUGGCUGUGUGCUCAGGGUCAUUGUCCUGAUGGAAGGUGAACCUUCGCCCCAGUCUGAGCGGUCUGGAGCAGGUUUUCAUCAAGGAUCUCUGUACUUUGCUCUGUUAAUCUUUGCCUCGAUCCUGACUAAUCUCCCAGUCCCUGCUGCUGAAAACAUGCCCACAGCAUGAUGUUUCCACCACCAUGCUUCACCGUAGGGAUGGUGCCAGGUUUCCUCCAGACGUGACACUUGGCAUUCAGGCCAAAGAGUUCAAUCUUGGUUUCAUCAGACCAGAGAAUCUUGUUUCUCAUGGUCUGAGAGUCUUUAGGUGGCUUUUGGCAAACUCCAAGCGGGCUGUCAUGUGCCUUUUACUGAGGCGUGGCUUCAGUCUGGCCACUCUACCAUAAAGUCCUGAUUUGGUGGAGAGCUGCAGAGAUGGUUGUCCUUCUGGAAGGUUUUCCCAUCUCCACAGAGGAACUCUGGAGCUCUGUCAGAGUGACCAUCGGGUUCUUGGUCACCUCCCUGACCAAGGCCCUUCUCCCCCUGGCGGCUAGCUCUAGGAAGAGUCUUGGCGGUUCCAAAUUUCUUCCAUUUAAGAAUGAUGGAGGACACUGUGUUCUUGGGGACCUUCAAUGCUGCAGAAAUGUUUUGGCACCCUUUCCCAGAUCUAUGCCUCAACACAAUCCUGUCUCGGAGCUCUGCGGACAAUUUCUUCAACCUCAUGGCUUGGUUUUUGCUCUGACAUGCACUGUCAACUGUGGGACCUUAUGUAGACAGGUGUGUGCCUUUCUAAAUCAUGUCCAAUCAAUUUACAUUUUAGUCAUUUAGACUAAAGCGACUUACAGUUAGUGAGUGCAUACAUUUUCAUACUGGCUCCCUGUGGGAAAUGAACCCACAACCCUGGCGUUGCAAGCGCCAUGCUCUACCAACUGAGCUACAGGGGACCCCAAUGAAGUUGUAGAAACAUCUCAAGGAUGAUCAAUGGGAACAGGGUUGCACCUGAGCUCCAUUUCGAGUCUCAUAGCAAAUGGGCUGAAUACUUUUGUAAUUAAGGUAAACUCAGCAAAAAAAGAAACGUCCCUUUUUCAGGACCCUGUCUUUCAAAGAUAAUUCGUAAAAAUCCAAAUAUCUUCACAGAUCUUCAUUGUAAAGGGUUUAAACACUGCUUCCCAUGCUUGUUCAAUGAACCAUAAACAAUUAAUGAACGUGCACCUGUGGAACGGUCGUUAAGACACUAACAGCUUACAGACGGUAGGCAAUUAAGGUCACAGUUAUGAAAACUUAGGACACUAAAGAGGCCUUUCUACUGACUCUGAAAAAGACCAAAAGAAAGAUGCCCAGGGUCCCUGCUCAUCUGCGUGAACGUGCCUUAGGCAUGCUGCAAGGAGGCAUGAGGACUGCAGAUGAGGGCAAUAAAUUGCAAUGUCCGUACUUUGAGACGCCUAAGACAGCGCUACAGGGAGACAGGACAGACAGCUGAUCGUCCUCGCAGUGGCAGACCACGUGUAACAACACCUGCACAGGAUCGGUACAUCCGAACAUCACACCUGCGGGACAGGUACAGGAUGGCAACAACAACUUCCAGAGUUACACCAGGAACGCACAAUCCCUCCAUCAGUGCUCAGACUGUCCGCAAUAGGCUGAGAGAGGCUGGACUGAGGGCUUGUAGGCCUGUUGUAAGGCAGGUCCUCACCAGAUAUCACCGGCAAAAACGUCGCCUAUGGGCACAAACCUACCGUCGCUGGACCAGACAGGACUGGCAAAAAGUGCUCUUCACUGACGAGUCGCGGUUUUGUCUCACCAGGUGUGAUGGUCGGAUUCGCGUUUAUCGUCAAAGGAAUGAGCGUUACACCGAGGCCUGUACUCUGGAGCGGGAUCGAUUUGGAGGUGGAGGGACCGUCAUGGUCUGGGGUGGUGUGUCACCGCAUCAUCGGACUGAGCUUGUUGUCAUUGCAGGCAAUCUCAACGCAGUGCGUUACAGGGAAGACAUCCUCCUCCCUCAUGUGGUACCCUUCCUGCAGGCUCAUCCUGACAUGACCCUCCAGCAUGACAAUGCCACCAGCCAUACUGCUCGUUCUGUGCGUGAUUUCCUGCAAGACAGGAAUGUCAGUGUUCUGCCAUGGCCAGCGAAGAGCCCGGAUCUCAUCCCAUUGAGCACGGCUGGGACCUGUUGGAUCGGAGGGUGAGGGCUAGGGCCAUUUCCCCCAGAAAUGUCAGGGAACUUGCAUGUGCCUUGGUGGAAGAGUGGGGUAACAUCUCACAGCAAGAACUGGAAAAUCUGGUGCAGUCCAUGAGGAGGAGAUGCACAGAUACUGACUGUUACUUUUGAUUUUGACCCACCCUUUGUUCAGGGACACAUUAUUCAAUUUCUGUUAGUCACGUCUGUGGAACUUGUUCAGUUUAUGUCUCAGUUGUUGAAUCUUGUUAUGUACAUACAAAUAUUUACACAUGUUAAGUUUGUUGAAAAUAAACGCAGUUGACAGUGAGAGGAGUUUAUUUCUUUUUUUAAAUGUGGAAUACAUUUCUAAAAAUCUGUUUUCGCUUGUUGUCAUUAUGGGGUAUUGUGUGUAGAUUGAUGAGGGAAAAAACGAUUUAAUCAAUUUUAGAAUAAGGCUGUAAUGUAACAAAAUGUGGAAAAAGUCAAGGGGUCUGAAUACUUUCCGAAUGCACUGUAUAUCUAUAUCGAAUUGUCAGAUCAUUAUCUUUAUUCCACAUACAUAUCUAUAUGAAAUUGAUGCAAUUUCAACAUACUGCAACUGUACACACAUGUAACCAAUAAUGUGUAUAAAUCCUGGAUGACUGAUGGGGCACUGUAUUGAUACUCCUCCUCAAUUGUAAAAAAGAUUUUGGAAGCUAUAGAAAUGCAUUUAUAAAUGUCUACAUUCGUUUUUGACACUUUUAUUCUAAUACAGACACUUUAAUGCAUACUUUUCAAUUAUAUUAUGUGAGCUAAACAUAAAAUGAAAAAAUAUAUAAAAACAUUUUCCUUAAAGUAUUUUUUUUAGAGGGUACUAAUGUUACUGUCCCCACUACAACAACAACAAUAUUUAAAUGCAUGUAAUUGUGUCCUUAAAACAUUUAAGUGAAAUACUGUAGAAUAUCAUUCAUUCCUGUGGAGGACUGCUCCUACUAGGGAAUGCCAAUAUGGCCGACUGGUGGCUUCAAAGCCUCUGAAUGGGCAAUACAUAGUGUUUAUAUACUUCAUUGCAUGUAACUCACAUAGAAUAAUACUGUCUGUAAUAUUUCCUCCCUCAGGUAUCUCAAUGACCCUACUGGAGUCCAGGGAUGGUCUACAGUACUUCACCUUCGAACACAGCCGGGACUACCAGCAGAUCCAGUUCAAGUUCCUGGACUCAGUGGAGUCCAUGGAUCCCAACAACAUUGUGGUAAGGGUUCACCCACGGUCUCAGGGGUCAAGGGUCAUCAUAACUAGGCUAAUCAAUGGGACUGCAGUUCAUAAAAGUCUUUCAUAUUGACAUGAUACUCAGAAAUAUAACUGGAGAUUGAUUAGCAAUGCCGUGAUGCAUGUCUCAAAUAUCUAGGACAACCGAUAUGCAUGAUUCUAGAUUCUAGAUCAAUUUUAACAAACAUUCUAGAUCACGGCAUGAGAAACUAGAGAAUUCAGAGAGGGAAUUCAGUUGAAAUUUAAGGUUGAGGACAUAUAUGGUUUCUAAUGUUUAGACAAACGGUGAUCCCCCCCGCCCCGCCCCCCCCCCCCCCCGCCCUCCCCCUGUCCACCCCACUCUCCCCCCCCCCCCCCCCCCCCCACUCUCCCCCUGUCCCCCCUACCCUCCCCCUGUCCCCCACCCUACCCCUGUCCCCCCCCACUCUCCCCCCCCCCCCCCCCCCACUCUCCCCCUGUCCCCCCUACCCUCCCCCUGUCCCCCACCCUACCCCUGUCUCCCCCCCACUCUCCCCCUGUCCCCCACCCUACCCCUGUCUCCCCCCCACCCUCCCCCUGUCCCCCACUCUCCCCCUGUCCCCCCUACCCUCCCCCUGUCCCCCACCCUACCCCUGUCUCCCCCCCACCCUCCCCCUGUCCACCCCACUCUCCCCCUGUCCACCCCACUCUCCUCCUGCCCCCCCACCCUACCCUCUCCCCAGGCCCUGCUCCAGAUGAACCCCUACCACAUUGACUCCCUGCUGCAGCUUUCUGAUGUCUGCCGCAUACAGGAGGACCAGGAGAUGGCCAGGGACCUCAUCGGUGAGUAUCAGGGACCUGAUUGGUGAGUGGGACUCCUGUCUUUGCUCUGAUUGGCAAGGAGGGUCAUACCCAAAGCUCUGAUUGGUGAGUUGGGGAUCCUCUCUGCAGUAUCCUCUUGCUCAAGGUUUGUAAAUGUGUCAUGAGACCCCUUUGGUAUGUUUUCUUGGACCCAUAUACAAUUUAAUCUAGGUCCCAGAUAAAUAGUUGGAAUAAGUUUAUGCAACAUUAUUCUUGAUAAACAUUGGUGCCCUCUGGGCAGUACAUUGUAUAAUAGGUUAUUUUAUACACAAUACCUAUACCACACACUGCUCUAGUAUGUCAUAUAUUACCUUAUGCCAGGGUUUCUUAACCUAUUGUUAAGAAAGCAUAUGAGCGGUGGGUCUCGAGUUAUGAGUAAACAUUUAUAAUCACACACUAUUUAUUAACAUUUACAUUUUAGUCAUUUAGCAGACGCUCUUAUCCAGAGCGACUUACAGGAGCAAUUAGGGUUAAGUGCCUUGCUCAAGGGAUUUUUCACCUAGUCGGCUCGGGGAUUAGAACCAGCGACCUUUCGGUUACUGGCACAACGCUCUUAACCACUAAGCUACCUGCCGCCGCCUAUUCUUAAUUUGGGUGGUUUGAGGACAGUACAUUUCUCAUUUAGGUCUCGAGCUGAAAAAGCUUAAGAACCUCUGCCUUAUGCAAUUGAUCUAGAUAAGGUUUAAUAGUUCAAUUGAGUCAGCUGUAUCUACAGCAUGUUUAUUCUCUGAAAGACUCUAAAUUGGAUGCAAAGUAGCAUAUUUCAGAUUCCUCAGGUAAUGCAUUUAGGCAGGAAAUGUUACCGUACUGUUACUCCAAGCCUGUCGCUUCGAGCCUACUAACAUCAUCUAUAAAUUAGUUGAUAAAUACAGUUAAGGUUUGAGCAGAGCACGCUUUGGUCAGGGCUAAAUCACAUCAAUACAGAGGGCAAGCAAAAGCAGCUUCCAUUUAAAGUGACUUCUCUCUGACCACCAAGGUGAAAGUACAUUUUCAACCACAUGUAACUGAAUUGAACCCAGCUAAAAUAUUUAUUGGUUAUCUAGCCACAUGUUUACACUGUACACAAUACAUUCAAACAACCCACUGAUUGUUCAGAUAUAGUCACUGAAAGUGCAUGUCAAAAUUCUUCAUGUGUGGGUGUAGCCCCUCUCAUCCUGUGUCAGCUGAUCCUGAUCAUGCUAAUGAGGUCCUACUCUAAUCAACUCAUUACAGCAGCACUGGAAAACAUUUUAUACAGUUGUGUAAUCUGAGUUUGAAAGGGCUUAGUACAUUGGGAUCCUACCAGUGUCUUGACCAAUGAGAAAAGCUGCUACCUCUAGGUAGCUAGUCUUGUUGAUGUAGUUGUUGUUGGCACUUGACACCGGAACUUGCAAGGGAGAAAGUGAGUGGUUUCACUUAAAGCUGUUUUCAUGCCUUCUAGCAGAGGGAGACAUUUAUGUUUUUACAAAAGACAAACAGCCUGGAGGAGGGUAUGGGGAUCUACCAAUUGAGAAUCACUGGGACUGUUUAGCAACCAGGUAGUGCUGGCUAAAGUUACAUGUUUUCACUUGUCGUUGGUAAAAGACUGUGUGGUGUGUGUUCCAGAGCGCGCCCUGUACAGCUUUGAGUGUGCCUUCCACCCUGUGUGCAGCCUGACGUCAGGAACCAGCAGACUGGACUACCUGCGACCAGAAAACAGGUUAGAUAAUAAACCUCUGCUACACAGGUCAAUCCACAAACGCUGUUAUGCAAGGGCCUUUCUCAUAAAAUGAUAUAGUCAAUGGAAAUGUAAAAGGUUUAUAAUAUAAGUCUCUCCUUAGUCUGUACAUUUAUCCUCUCUGCAGGGCAUUCUACUUGGCUGUUUAUAAGCACAUGAUGUUCCUGGAGAGGAGGGGAUGCCCCCGGACAGCCCUGGAGUACUGCAGACUCAUCCUGAGGUACAUGGAAGACUGUGUGUGUGUGUGUGUGUGUGUGUGUGUGCGUGCGUGUGUGUGUGUGUGUGUGUGUGUGCGUAGUGUGCACCCCAGGUGUCAGGGGUAGAGAGAAGGUGAGAAUCGCAUAAUGGAAGAAGUACAGCGACGGACUAUGUGUUUUAUUUAUUCACACAAAAAAGACAAUUGAAAGACAAACAGUGCAGAUAAAGACAAAAAAGGUGUACAGGUGAGGUUGGAAACCCAAGAGGGCUUACAUGAACCCCCCCCCCCCCCCCCCAAUCUAAACAUUGGCAGUAGAAUGGCCUUACUGAACAGCUCAGUGACUUUCAACGUGGCAUCAUCAUAGGAUGCCACCUUUCCAACAAUUGAGUUUGUCAAAUUUCUGCCCUGCUAGAGCUGCCCCGGUCAACUGUAAUUGCUGUUAUUGUGAAGUGGAAACGUCUAGGAGCAACAACGGCUCAGCCGCAAAGUGGUAGGCCACACAAGCUCACAGAACAGGUCCGCCGAGUGCUGAACCACGUAGUGCGUAAAAAUCGUAUUUCCUCGGUUGCAACACUCACUACCGAGUUCCAAACUGCCUCUGGAAGCAAUGUCAGCACAAUAACUGUUCGUUGGGAGCUUCAUGAAAUGGGUUUCCAUGGCAGAGCAGCCGCACACAAGCCUGGCAUUGCGCACAAGCCAUGCGCAAUGCCAAGCGUCGGCUGGAGUUGAGUAAAGCUCACGCCAUUGGACUAUGGAGCAGUGGAAACGUGUUCUCUGGAGUGAUGAAUCAUGCUUCCCCAUCUGGCAGUCAGACGGAUUUGGCGGAUGCCAGGAGAAUGCUACCUGCCCCAAUGCAUAGUGCCAACUGUAAAGUUUGGUGGAGGAGGAAUAAUGGUCUGGGGUUGUUUUUCAUGGUUCGGGCUUGACAUUCUAGACAAUUCUGUGCUUCCAACUUUGUGGCAACAGUUUGGGGAAGGCCCUUUCCUGUUUCAGCAUGACAAUGCCCCUGUGCACAAAGCGAGGUCCAUACAGAAAUGGUUUGUCGAGAUCGGUGUGGAAGAACUUGACUGGCCUGCACAAAGCCCUGACCUCAACCCCAUCGAACACCCUUGGGAUGAAUUGGAACGGCGACUGCGAGCCAGGCCUAAUCGCCCAACAUCAGUGCACGAUCUCACUAAUGCUCUUGUGGCUAAAUGGGAGCAAGUCCCCGCAGCAAUGUUCCAACAUCUAGUGGAACGUCUUCCCAGAAGAGUGGAUGCUGUUAUAGCAGCAAAGGGUGGACCAACUCCAUAUUAAUGCCAUGAUGAGAUGUUCGAUGAGCAGGUGUCCACAUACUUUUGGUCAUGUAGUGUAUAUAAAAAACAGAUUGUUCAAUCAAUUAAAUAAAACUAUGUGAUAUUUGUAGUUGCUUAAAUGGCACAAAGGCUGCGCUGUGCUAAUCUGCGCCCGAUCCCAAUUGUUAUCUAAUAUUUCCUCUUAUAAAGAGUCCUUCUCAUAUAUAAUAAUAAUAAAGGUCUUACAACACUUCAUAUCAACUAAACAAACAUAAACCCCAAGUCAGAUGUCCAUAUAUUAUCCAGGAAUGACUCCUCUAAAUGGAUCAGGCUGGCUGUAUUUCAUUACUGGUCAUAAAACCUGGCUAGGCGGUAUGACAGAACAACACCCAUGGGACACUCCACACACUAUGGAAGGGCUGUUAUUACACAUGCAUCUACCUCGGCCCUGUGUCUUAGGCCUAUAGCCUUUAUCUUCUCUAGGAUGUGGUGGUCAUGGUAUACACAGAGUGUACAAAACAUUAGGAACACUUGCUCUUUCCAUGACAGACUGACCAGGUGAAUCCAGGUGAAAGCUAUGAUCCCUUAUUGAUCUCACUUAUUGAAGAGGGAGUAGACAGGUUAAAGAAGGAUUUUUAAGCCUUGAGACAAUUGAGACAUGGAUUGUGCUCCUGAUUCCUGCUUAUAAGCAAAAACUGAAGCAGGAUGCACCAGUGACUCGGUUAAUAAAAAAGUGGUCAGAUGACGCAGAUGCUAAGCUACAGGACUGUUUUGCUAGCACAGACUGGAACAUGUUCCGGGAUUCUUCAGAUAGCAUUGAGGAGUACACCACAUCAGUCACUGGCUUCAUCAAUAAGUGCAUCGAUGAUGUCGUCCCCACAGUGACCGUACGUACAUACCCCAACCAGAAGCCAUGGAUUACAGGAAACAUCCGCACUGAGCUAAAGGGUAGAGCUGCCGCUUUCAAGGAGCGGGACUCUAACCCGAACGCUUAUAAGAAAUCCCGCUAUGCCCUCCGACGAACGAUCAAACAGGCAAAGAGUCAAUACAGGACUAAGAUUGAAUCGUACUACACUGGCUCUGAUGCUCGUCGGAUGUGGCAGGGCUUGAAAACUAUUACAGACUACAAAGGGAAGCACAGCCGCGAGCUUCCCAGUGACACAAGACUUCCAGACGAGCUAAACCACUUCUAUGCUCGCUUCGAGGCAAGCAACACUGAAGCAUGCAUGAGAGCACCAGCUGUUCCGGAUGACUAUGUGAUCACGCUCUCCGUAGCCGACGUGAGUAAGACUUUUAAGCAGGUCAACAUUCACAAGGCCGCAGGGCCAGACGGAUUACCAGGACGUGUACUCCGAGCAGAUGCUGACCAACUGGCAAGUGUCUUCACUGACAUUUUCAACAUGUCCCUGACUGAGUCUGUAAUACCAACAUGUUUCAAGCAGACCACCAUAGUCCCUGUGCCCAAGGACACUAAGAUAACCUGCCUAAAUGACUACCGACCCGUAGCACUGACGUCUGUAGCCAUGAAGUGCUUUGAAAGGCUGGUCAUGGCUGACAUCAACACCAUUAUCCCAGAAACCCUAGACCCACUCCAAUUUGCAUACCGCCCCAACAGAUCCACAGAUGAUGCAAUCUCUAUUGCACUCCACACUGCCCUUUCCCACCUGGACAAGAGGAACACCUACGUGAGAAUGCUAUUCAUUGACUACAGCUCAGCAUUCAACACCAUAGUGCCCUCAAAGCUCAUCACUAAGCUAAGGAUCCUGGGACUAAACACCUCCCUCUGCAACUGGAUCCUGGACUUCCUGACGGGCCGCCCCCAGGUGGUAAGGGUAGGUAACAACACAUCUGCCACAGUGAUCCUCAACACGGGGGCACCUCAGGGGUGCGUGCUCAGUCCCCUCCUGUACUCCCUGUUCACCCAUGACUGCAUGGCCAGGCACGACUCCAACACCAUCAUUAAGUUUGCUGACGACACAACAGUGGUAGGCCUGAUCACCGACAACGAUGAGACAGCCUAUAGGGAGGAGGUCAGAGACCUGGCCAUGUGGUGCCAGGAUAACAACCUCUCCCUCAACGUGACCAAGACAAAGGAGAUGAUUGUGGACUACAGGAAAAAAAAGAGGACUGAGCACGCCCCCAUUCUCAUCGACGGGGAUGUAGUGGAACAGGUUGAGAGCUUCAAGUUCCUUGGUGUCCACAUUACCAACGAACUAUCAUGGUCCAAACACACCAAGACAGUCGUGCAGAGGGCACGACAAAGCUUAUUCCCCCUCAGGAGACUGAAAAGAUUUGGCAUGGGUCCUCAGAUCCUCAAAUUCUACAGCUGCACCAUCGAGAGCAUCCUGACUGGUUGCAUCACCGCCUGGUAUGGCAACUGCUUGGCCUCCGACCGCAAGGCACUACAGAGGGUAGUGCGUACGGCCCAGUACAUCACUGGGGCCAAGCUUCCUGCCAUCCAGGACCUCUAUACCAGGCGGUGUCAGAGGAAGGCCCUCAAAAUUGUCAAAGACUCCAGCCACCCUAGUCAUAGACUGUUCUCUCUGCUACCGCACGGCAAGCGGUACCGGAGUGCCAAGUCUAGGUCCAAAAGACUUCUCAACAGCUUCUACCCCCAAGCCAUAAGACUCCUGAACAGCUAAUCAUGGCUACCCGGACUAUUUGCACUGCCCCCCACCCCCACCUCCCACCCCAUCUUUUUACGCUGCUGCUACUCUGUUAAUUAUUUAUGCAUAGUCACUUUAACUCUACCCACAUGUACAUAUUACUUAAACUACCUCAACUAGCCGGUGCCCCCGCACAUUGACUCUGCACCGGUACCCCCCUGUAUAUAUAGCCUCCCUACUGUUAUUUUAUUUUACUUCUGCUCUUUUUUUCUCAACACUUUUGUUUUAUUCUACUUUUUUAUUAAAAAUAAAUGCACUGUUGGUUAAGGGCUGUAAGUAAGCAUUUCACUGUAAUGUCUGCACCUGUUGUAUUCGGCGCAUGUGUCCAAUAAAAUUUGAUUUAAUUUGUGUAUGUGUGCCAUUCAGAGGGUGAAUGGGCAAGACAAAAGAUUUAAGUGCCUUUUAAGUGGGUAUGGUAGUAGGUGCCAGGCGCACCGGUUUGUGUCAAGAACUGCAACGCUGUUGGGUUUUUCACGCUCAAAAGUUUCCUGUGUUUAUCAAGAAUGGUCCACCACCCAAAGGGCAUCCAGCCGACUUGACACAACUGUGGGAAGCAUUGGAGUCAACAUGGGCCAACAUCCCUGUGGAACGCUUUCGACACCUUGUAGAGACCAUACCCAGACGAAUUGAGGUGGUUCUGAGGGCAAAAGGGGGUGCAACUCAACAUUAGGAAGAUGUUCCUAAUCUUUUGUACACUCAGUGUAUAUCUAUGAUUUCCGUCAAACACUGGCCUCCUCCCCUCAUGGUGGUGUGUGUCUGCUCUAUAUAAGCAUCCAUGGUGGAACACGUUGUGACGGCUGUCCCUCUCAGGCCUACUGUGUUAUGAUCAGGAGGACCUUAUCUCUGCUUCAGUAGAUGACUGAUAGGAAUACCAGAUGACCAGCCCUGCCGCCCGCAGCAGCUCUGUCAUAUACCACAUAUAGGGCCCUGCUUUUUGUUGCGGAAAUGGAGGCACUGUGCUUUUACCAGUAUUUCCAGUAUUAUCCACUAGUGUUGAUGGAGGUUGAAAAUCCUAGGAAAUUUUAUUUAAUUGACACAAGCUGUCUCCAAUCAAUAUCUGACCGGGACUCGAACCCGGGUCCAGCGACUGCCAAGCCAACCCCUUAACCUUAACCGUUACUCCAAGAGGUCCGAACCUCUUGACGAGCUCGCUAGGUGUUGGGUUAAGGUCGCUUCACUUACCCCCUUCCUUCGGGAGAGCGUGUCCCCAAGCUAUACCAAGUCCCCACGUGUACACGCCACAUGGGCACCAUCCCACUUCUGACACCAAUGUAGCGAAUUUGGAGGGUAGCCCCGACCGGGACUCAAACGUGGAUCCACAAACCCGGAUCCAGUGACUGUGAAGCCAACACCUUAACCGUUACACAAGAGGUUCCGCUUGGAGUAACGGUUAAGGUGUUGACUUUAUAGUCGCUGGAUCCGGGUUUGAGUCUGUUGGGGCUACCCUCCGAAUUCCAUACAAUGUACUUCCAUGGUUGGUUUCAUUGACUUUCCCCUUUUUAACUUCCCCCAAUUUACAAUUUUUUAGCUACAACUUCUAAGUCUGUUGGAGAGGAUCAGCUUGAGCAAAAUAAGGUGUAGAAUCACUGAUCUACAAAUGGUAUUCCAUGCCAAAUAAUAGGUUUUGCGUGAUUCGCAGCGCUGUGUCUCCCCUGGCUCAGGCGAUCCCCCCACCAAACACACAUGCACAACCAGACAUUGAUUGAUUGGAGACCGUGUCAAUUAAAUAACAUUUCCUAGGAUUUUCUACCUGCAGCAACAGUAGUGGAUAAAACUGGAAAUACCAGUAAAAGCACAUUGCCUCCAUUUCCGUUAUGUAUAGUGUCACUGUAUUUAAGAUCCCCAGGAUAUAUUGAGUCUUUCCGGCAAUGUCACAGAUUCUGGUCACGGGUUGUCAUGGGUCCGACUGUUAAUAAAGAAACAAUUUAUUUAUUUUAUUUAUGUCAUGUUUAUUUAUAUAGUAGUUAUGUGGUCUUAGUUAUGUAGGUGAAACUGAAUGAAGUAUUCAUUGAAGAAGAGGAGCUGUUGUGUGUUUUAUUCCGUCAUUUCCUUUCUCUCCCAAGUCUGGACCCAGACAAUGAUCCCCUCUGUAUGCUACUGCUCAUUGACUUCCUAUCCCUUCGCUCACGAGAGUACAACUUCCUCCUCCGGCUAUACCAGGAUUGGGAGGUGAGACGAGUGUGUGUGUGCGUGCAUGUGUGUGCAAGAUUUUCUGUGUGUGUGACCUCAUACCAGUGUGUCUGAUUUCUAUGUGUGUGUGUGUAUUGUCCGAUUCCUGUGUGUGUGUGUUUCCCAGGUGCACAGGAACCUGUCCCAGUUGCCAAACUUUGCCUUUUCUGUGGCUCUGAGCCACUUCCACCUGAGUCAGGAGGAUCAGACUGAGUCAGAUGAGAGGGAGAGGCUCAAACACAAGGCUGACCUGCUGCUGCAGAACGCUCUCAUCAUGUUCCCUGGAGGUUAAAGUCAUACACACACGCAUCAAUCAUGCACAGCACAACCACAGGCCUGAGAGGGACAGCCUUCAGAAUAUGUUCCACCAUGGAUGCUUAUAUAGAGCAGACACACAUACACAAAAGAGACCUAUACCUUAUAUCUGUGUGUUUGUGUGUUCCCCAGUGUUGAUGCCUCUGUUGGACCUGUGCACAGUGCAGCCUGACGCUGCUGUAUCGUCUCAUGCCUUCUUUGGACCCAGAAGCCAGUUGGGGUAAAACAUCUGCUUCAACCGAGGCAUCAUGUCUCCCUGUCUGUCAUGUCAUUCCUAAAUGCACCUCUUCUGUGUCAGUCAGCCUAAUGGAAUUGAAUCAUCAUUUAUUAGCAUGAAAUUGUAAUCUAUUGUCGGAGAGCUUAAAUUGAAUUAGAGUUACAUAAAUUGAAUUGUUCCUUCCUCCCAUCUCUUUCCCUCUCUCUAGGCAGUCUCCUGCCCUGGCUGAGCUGGUGUCUCUGUACGUGGGGCGGACUCACACCCUGUGGAGGGAGGGAGGUGUCCUACUGUGGCUGGAGGAGUGUGUGAGGGAAGUGUUACGACGAGUCGACACUAAGGACCCUCUGGUGGAGGACUGCCAAAACAAGUAAAAGCCCCUUGGACCACUGGCAUUAUUGGCAUUAUUACCUUUCCAACCCCCCAAACUGUAACUCUUACCCCAUUCACCUCUAGCCUGGAAUUCACACUGAGUAUUUCUGUUCAAUAAGUAAUAUUCAUUGAUUCAGGGGAGCAAUGUUCAGUGUGGAUUCCAGGCUAGUUCACCUCCAACAUGCAGUGCCUAUUUAUUUUGUAUUUAUUUUAUUUAACCUUUAUUUAACCAGGUAAGCCAGUUGAGAACAAGUUCUCAUUUACAACUGCGACCUGGCCAAGAUAAAGCAAAGCAGUGCGGUAAAAACAACAACAACAACACAGUGUUACAUAUGGAAUAAACAAAAACGUACAGUCAAUAACACAAUAGAAAAUAGAAAAUCUAUAUACAUUGUGUGCAAAUGUAGUAAGUUAUGGAGGUAAGGCAAUAAAUAGGCCAUAGUGCAAAAUAAUUACAAUUUAGUAUUAACACUGGAAUGAUAGAUGUGCAGAAGAUUAUGUGCAAAUAGAGAUACUGGGGUGCAAAUGAGCAAAAUAAAUAACAAUGUAAAUAACAAUAUGGGGAUGAGGUAGUUGGUUGGGCUAAUUACAUAUAGAUGGGCUGUGUACAGGUACAGUGAUCGGUAAGCUGCUCUGACAACUGAUGCUUAAAGUUAAUGAGGGAGAUAAGUGUCUCCAGCUUCAGAGAUUUUUGUAGUUCGUUCCAGUCAUUUGCAGCAGAGAACUGGAAGGAAUGGCGGCCAAGGAGGUGUUGGCUUUGGGGAUGACCAGUGAGAUAUACCUGCUGGAGCGCAUACUACGGAAGGGUGUUGCUAUGGUGACCGAUGAGCUAAGAUAAGGCGGGGAUUUGCCUAGAAGUGAUUUAUAGAUGACCUGGGGCCAGUGGGUUUGGCGACGAAUAUGUAGUGAGGGCCAGCCAACGAGAGCGUACAGGUCACAAUGGUGGGUAGUAUAUGGGGCUUUGGUGACAAAACAGAUGGCACUGUGAUAGACUACAUCCAAUUUGCUGAGUUGAGUGUUGGAGCUAUUUUGUAAAUGACAUCGCCGAAGUCAAGGAUCGGUAGGAUAGUCAGUUUUACGAGGGCAUGUUUAGCAGCAUGAGUGAAGGAGGCUUUGUUGCGAAACAGGAAGCCGAUUCUAGAUUUAACUUUGGAUUGGAGAUGCCUAGUAACAGUCUACCUACCCCUUGCACAGUUUACACAUUUUGCUGCCUUAAAAUUAAAUAAAACAAUUGAUUACAUUAGAUGUUUUUUCUACCAUUGUACACAACCUACUCCACAUUUCCAAUGUGAAAGAAAAAUUAUAGAACAUUGGAUUGCGUAUGUCUUUACACCCCAGAGUUAAUACUUGGUGGAAGCACAUUUGGCAGCCAUUACAGCUGUAAAACUCUUGGAAUAAGAAUCUACCAACUUUGCACAAAUCUUAGGGCAACAUAUUGUUUUUGUCAAAUUUGCUCUAGCUCAGUACAUUUGGUUGGAAGGCAUUGAUGGACAGGAAUAUUCAAACCUUGUCUCUGAUUUUCAAGCAGAUUAAAAUUAAGACUGAGACUGGACCAUUUAAGGAACACGCAACACCUCUUGGAAAGCCAUUCUGGUGUGUCUUUGGCAUUACAAUUUGUGUGAUUGUCCUGCUGAAAUAUAAAACUCUAUCCCAGGGUAGGGCUGUGGCGCUCACAAAAUGUAAUCAGCCGGUGAUUGUCAAGCAAAUAACAGUCGGUCUCACGGUAAUUGACCGUUAAUAAAACACAUUUAGCAUCUCCUGGCUUCCACACAUAGCCUACAAGCCACUUUGGAACAUCUACAUUUAAAAAGUCUAUUAGACUGGACCAUUCAGGAACACUCAACACCUCUUGGAAAGCCAUUCUGGUGUGUCUUUGGCAUUACGAUUUGUGUGAUUGUCCUGCUGAAAUACAAAAUAAAUCCAUGUAAUAUAGGCUAUACCUUCACAAUAAAUCCAGUAUUUAUUUUAGACAGGUCUAAAGAAACAUUAUAUGAAGAAAAUGUAGUCUAUUUCAGAAGAACAGAAUAGCAUACUCUGAGUUGUCCUUAUGUUAGGUCCUGAUCUGGCUAUGCCAUAUGGUUGUGGGCUACACUAGUUCAUUUAGCAGACAAUAUUUGCUUAGACUUCUGUGGCAUUAUUUAAUAUUAUUUAAUAGUAUGAAGAAUACAAUUGAACAAAGCUGAAUAAAAUAGAAAGGAUAUUUUCUCCAAACGAUUUGAGGGAGUGCGCACAUGCGGCUAUUCUGUGUUGAGCGUUUAACAAAGAAACAUGUCUCAAAUUUCUCGGCGGCAUCCCCUUUGUGUGGCCAUAAUACACCCUAAAGAAAUCCAUGCCUUUUACAGCCCUUCUCCCUAAAUGCUGCCCGCUCCGAAGCAGCUCUCAUCUCACUCACACAGCUCUCCAUCACGUGAUCCACGUGAUCGGGUCUUUCUCACAGGCUACAAGUGAAGACAGACAUAUCGGGGCAACUGUGCGCGUCCUUAUCCAAUUCCAAGGUGCAUAUUGAAGAUAUUGGAACAACUGUCCACAUGUACUUUUCGUCAGCCAACAAGAUGAGUAGGCCUAACGAACAGCAAAACCACUAGCCUAUGUCAAUCUACUAUCCCCAUAGUACAAAAGUUGACCUAUUCUGUGCGAGAAAUACAUAUUCCAAACAUAGUCUUGGACAGUUGUGUGAUGCGAUAGAUCUCAAAUUAGUACAACCACUAGCAUAAAAAAAAAUAUGUUUUUACGCAAUGAGGCUGACGCAACAGAUCAGAACGUUUAGCUUAAAAUGUUGAUAAACUAUUAGGCUAUUUCUUCACAUAAUAUGCGCAGCCUGCUUAACCCUCUCCCACGUCGUCUCUCCUUUCCCCUCUCUCAUCCCUGCUUAACCCUCUCCCACGUCGUCUCUCCUUUCCCCUCUCUCAUCCCUGCUUAACCCUCUCCCACGUCGUCUCUCCUUUCCCCUCUCUCAUCCCUGCUUAACCCUCUCCCACGUCGUCUCUCCUUUCCCCUCUCUCAUCCCUGCUUAACCCUCUCCCACGUCGUCUCUCCUUUCCCCUCUCUCAUCCCUGCUUAACCCUCUCCCACGUCGUCUCUCCUUUCCCCUCUCUCAUCCCUGCUUAACCCUCUCCCACGUCGUCUCUCCUUUCCCCUCUCUCAUCCCUGCUUAACCCUCUCCCACGUCGUCUCUCCUUUCCCCUCUCUCAUCCCUGCUUAACCCUCUCCCACGUCGUCUCUCCUUUCCCCUCCCUGCUUACCCCUUUCCCCUCCCUGCUUACCCCUCUCCCACGUCGUCUCUCCUUUUCCUUCUCUCACCCCUCAUAUCCCUUUAUUUUCCCCCCUCUCUCUUUCAUUCUGCUUAACGUGUCUCUCAAUCGAUUUCUCCCUUUCUCACUCUCACCUCAGGCUGCCGAAGUUAGGGUCAGUGUUUGUACUGUGUCUGUUAACCCCAUGUUAAUCAUUUACAUUUGUACAUUUUAGUCAUUUAGCAGACGCUCUUAUCCAGAGCGACUUACAGCUAGUGAGUGCAUACAUUUUCAUACUGGCCCCCCGUGGGAAUCGAACCCACAACCCUGGCGUUGCAAACGCCAUGCUCUACCAACUGAGCUACAGAGUCAUCUGACUGACCCCUCACAAGUGGAGCAGAGAGAGGGGACAUAGAGAGGGCACAUAGAGAGGGGACAUAGAGUGCUCUCUGUGCUCCAGGGGGCCUAAUGUUCAUGGCUUGUUGUUUCCUCACUGUCAGAAGUCCUGAGCCGUAUACUACGAAUGUGGUUUGAGGAGUUGGCGAGGUAACUUUGGUCUGAGUUGAACUCGGUAUAACCAGUACCACAAAUGUGGCUCACCUUUUAGCCAGGUACAUUUCUAUGGCAAUGAAUCCUUCAGAUCUAACCUGCUCUGAGGCAGGCUAACUCAGGGCUAACUACAUUGAUCCUGAAUGAAGUGUCUGAGCUGCGAGUUGAGGACCAAUUAAAUCAGAUUCCCUCCCUCUCGCAAAGAUUGUGUCAUCAUCCACUUCAUUUGAGGAAGACAACUAAUUAAAUAUUUUAUUAAUCAAAUGUGUUUUUGUGUGUAAAAGAAAUUGUAAUGUUUAAAAUACCUAUCACAUUACACAUAGUAAUGACAGAUGCAUUUGAAACUUCACACACAGUAAAUAUUUUGUAACAGUUAUUUUAUCAUAGGAGGGAAAAGGUCCUCGUGAACCACACCAAAGUAAUAAUAUAAAGACUGCACUUAUACGUCUAUUUCACACCAUAGCCGGCUGAAUUCUGCGCAAAUGAAAAUGUGUCACUGACUUGCCCAUGGAUUGAUGUUUCAGCAUUGUCUCAAUGAAGAGUUUGGUGUUCGACUAGCAGAUUACCCCUAUUCCUUAGAUGAAAUAGCAUGCUUUAAUGGAGAAUCUCCUUCGAACAUGCUUUUUAGUCUAGGAAAAGGCUUAAUCUAGGUCUGAGAAACCAACCAUACGUCUACGACAAAUCUACAAAAGUUAUUGUUUCAUAAGUGUUGAGGCAACACUUUUAGAUGAAAUAAAGCAAUGUUACAUUUUGACGUCAGGAAGAAAUCAAAGGAGCCUCAUGAAAUGUGGCAUAUUGGCAUAUGUGUCUCUGACUUUGGUUUCCCCUCCUGUCACCUCCACCCCCCUAGGAGGAAGCAGAGGUACCAGAGUGCCCCCCUGAACAUCCAUCGCCACGUCAUCCUGUCUGAGAUCAAAGAGGCCACCUCCACUCUACCGCUGGUGAGAGACUCCGGCAACAGCCACACUACUAUACCCUGGUCACCAGUUCUGUUUCUGAUUUAGCCCACUCUUUCAUUUUACAUUUUUUUACAUUUUAGUCAUUUAGCAGACGCUCUUAUCCAGAGCGACUUACAGUUAGUGAAUACAUAUAUAUAUAUUUUUAUACUGGCCCCCCGUGGGAAUCGAACCCACAACCCUGGCGGUGCAAACGCCAUGCUCUAUCAACUGAGCUACAUCCCUGCCGGCCAUUCCCUCCCCUACCCUGGACGACGCUGGGCCAAUUGUGCGCCGCCCUUGAGUCUCCCGGUCGCGGCCGGCUGCGACAGAGCCUGGAUUCGAACCAGGAUCUAGUGGCACAGUUAGCACUGCGAUGCAGUGCCUUAGACCACUGCGCCACUCAGGAGUCAUUGUCAUGCUGUUUGUCGUUUGUUAAAUGAGAAAUGGAUUUGACAACCAGGCUUACUCUAUGAUUAUGUCUGUGCCUCAUGUAGCCCUAUCCCCUUUACAUUGCAUUACUUCUGACCAGCCAUUACCCUGGUCAAUAGUAGCACACAGUAUAUAGGGGAAUAGAGUGACUUACCUAAUCAUAGUAUAAUUUCCUUAGUGCUUUAUCACAUGAUCAUGAAUGGUUGUAUUCAUUCAUUCUGUACACUUUACAUCAUGUAUGUGUAUAACAUGAAACAGGAGAGUAGCAUACACGUAAACAACCGCUACAGUACAGAGCAUGCCAAAUUAUGCUGAGAAUAGAGUCCUCUAGUUAAGAGGGAAUUAACCACUGGCAUACGGCUGACUUAUUGGUUCCAUGAAGAACCCAAUCAGGUAUAAUGAUUGGAACUCCUCAUCGAGAGGUCCUCAUAACACAAACAAGAUCAACGUUGAUGUUUUGGAUGCAUGACAAUGACAUCUGUGACAGAGUGUUAGUGAGGAUAGGCCUUCAAAAUAUGUUUACUGUAAUGGUGAAUUGUGGGUGUUCUCUCCCAGGAGGUGACCACUCAGCCGGUGAUGGGGUUCGAUCCUCUCCCCCCGCUGGACUCAGUGACCUCAUACACCCGGCCUGAGAGGUAAGGGAUACACAUGUCCUAACUUGUGUCAUUAUACAUAUCUUGUACAAGGUAAGGUAAUAUGUACCAGUGCAGGUUUUCACAUAGUACACAAAAUAUAAACAUACAGUAUAUCACAUAUAGCUAGUUAUAGAGUGUGGCUCCUUCAGAUCGCUAAGUUCUUCUCUAUAGGUCUACUUGGAUCAGCAAUCUUGUUUGUGCCUCUGGACAGAAAACCAAGAGUCAGAAGGACAGUGUCUGCUUGUGUUUUCCUAAUCAGCACCAAUAAAGCUGGGUUUGUUUCAGUCCACAUAAGACUGAUUGGCCCACUGUCCACUGACUCCAUUGAGGAUCUCUAAGGAAGGUAUAUUAGAUUAGAGUACGGUAUAAGGGAAUGGUGGUGAUCCAUUUGUAAUAUUCAGGAGUGUGGACACUCUUUGUCUUUGCCAAUGGUGGUACCUACGGCGGCAGGUAGCUUAGUGGUUAAGAGCGUUGUGCCAGUAACCAAAAGGUCGCUGGUUCUAAUCCCCGAGCUGACUAGGUGAAAAAAAAAUCUGUCGAUGUGCACUUGAGCAAGGCGCUUAACCCUAAUUGCUAAUGUAAGUCGCUCUGGAUAAGAGUGUCUGCUAAAUGACUAAAAAUGUAAAUGUAAAAAAAAAGCCAUUGCUAUAAGUUUGGCACAAAGAAUAGCCUUGAUUUCACCAGUUUCCAUCUCUCCUCUCGGUGGUCUAUCCCUGACACGCCCUUCUGUCUCUGCCUCCCUUCUUUCUCUCUCUCCCUCCCACCUAUCCCUCUCUUCGAUAUCUCUUCUCCCCUCUCGCUGUCAUCAGUUUCUCUGAAAUAGCAUGUGGUUACAGGAGUGUUGUUGGCUCCUGAGUGAGGCCUCUUUCCUCCCGUCUUGUGAUAGCUGUUAAACAGCAGAGUCAGUGGUGGAUGGUAGGGAGGCAUCAAACCAUCAGAGAGGCAAAUACGGUGACAACGAAAAACAUGACAAAUUGACCCCUAGUCAAGAUACUGUACCCUGCUCUGGUGAUCUCUGGUGAGAACUACGUAGAAUGACAGCACACCCAUGUCUGAGAACAGACCUACUAUUUCUGCCUGAUGGUUGCUUGUUCCUCACAUGCUUUACAAACAUGGCCACGGAUAAGUGUUUUGAUUGAUAAAGAUAAAGAACUGGGGGUGUAUAAGUGGUUGAAGUAAUGAUUUUUAUUAAUGGGUGGGGGGUUACUGGUUACAAUAUGGAUCUAUAACCACAACAUAAAAGCAGAGCAUUCUUAGGGUUUAGAAAAACUAUUGGACCUACUUAUCAUGAUAUACAGUGAGGUCCAAAAGUACUUGGACAGUGACACAUUUUUGGAAUGGUUAAUAAUACAUUAUUUACCAUUCAUUUCUAUUGGGCACACAUAAUCUGAAACACAACCAAAACUAACUCCAAUAUGCCACAAGCUUGAUGUAGUUGUUGCAUGCUCUGAAUAUGGGACCAAAUAUUAAACGUUUACAGAGCAAAACAUGGACCUCACUGUAUAUGAUGGUUAAUAUAAUUUAUGGUCAUGGGAGAAUCCUUAUCAGCAGAAGAGUGUGAGAAUCGUAUUGCAUGCUUGUGUUAUCUUGUUAGCUUUCUCCCUUGUCUCUGUGUUUGCAGGCAGAGUGUGGGAGCCUCCAAUGAGAGCACCCUGUCGCUGUUCUUCCGCUCUCUGUUGCCAAACUUCAACCUGCAGGUAAGUGAGUGAGCUAGACCAAGGGUGAGCUACAGUAGACUAGGGAUAUGCAACCAUGGUCCUCAGGAGCUGCAGUGUCAGGCAGAUGGCUUGUGUUCUUUCCUUCAAGUCUGGAAAACUCUGAUUACAAUCAGUGACAUUAAUGGAUGUGGAUUUGACAAAGAAGUACCAGAGGAAGAAGAGGACAUCAGCAGACACUGUGGUCCCUGAGGACAAAGCUGCAUACCCCAAGUGUGGCAAAUCUAAGAAAAAGUCCUCUGGUUCAUAGAACAACAUGACUGAUUGUCCUCUGACCCCAAUGGCCCAGCUCCUGUUAAUGUCCUCAUAAACCCACUAAUGUGUGUUAUUGUGUGUGUGUGUGUGUUUUAAUAUAGAGCAGGGACCUUGAAUAAGAUGACAUGUGAAACACAACCUCAUAAUGAUAAUAUAGCUAGCAUCUCCACCGUGCCUUUCCAAAUGGGUGACCAAUGGGGAACAUCAGCUGUUGAGGCAUAUGACCUCCCCACACACGGAAGAUUAUAAGGAUCACAGGCUGCUUCAAUUGGCACGUUGCUGCAGCAGACAAUGAAAACAUUCAUAAAGUGUACCGAGAGUCAGAGAACCUGGUCUGUCUCCUCCUCAAAGCUCCCAGAUUCCUGACAUACACUAGCCCACUUUGUUGCAAGGCAGCGGUCAGCGGGAUGAGACAUCAUAGUAAUAAUCUUAAAACAUUUCUGUUUACAUUUCUGGGAGUGCUGAGCUAAUGGAGAGAUCCUGGGCUACUGUUGGCUCGAAGGGUUCUGACAGGAUGGAAGGGAACAUAGAUUAGCUGGAGUUUGGAUAGAUAUUCCCUAACCCUCUCGAGGUUCUGAAUGGAUUAACCAUACGACUCAUUUCAUGCCUAUUAGCUCCGUGGCCAAGCCUGAGAAAGUGCUUCGGAGUGGCUUCCUACUCCACUAGAUCUACAGCAGCUUAACAACAUUAAGUCUACAGUAGCGUAACUUUGCCACAGAAAAACUUGGUCCUUUGUUGGAACUAAAAAAUAAGGCCCAUGAAGAACAUGCUCUUGAAAUAGUGUUUGCUAGCGCGUUUUGGAGACAUCCGAGCAAUGUUGACCCAUUGACGAUGUUAUGUAGUGUCUGACUGACCUCUAUCUGAUGUCAGAUAACACAAUCUGAUCACUAUCUACAACCAACACUUUGUGACGAGGCAUCAGAGGCCUAACAAAGUUUGGCUUUAUCAUUUGAUACAGCACAGGUCGUGGAAACAGGAUGAUGAGGCAAACUUGGCUUUUGGUACAAGAACUCUUGAUUGACUCCGUGUUUUGUUUGGUCUAGCUUGAUUUGAAACAACAGUUUACUGCUAUGGAUUGGCUAACAUAACCUCUUUGAUGCACUGUUUUUAAUGGUGUGUUACUUGAGUCCUGUUGAAACAGAACAGAAAACUGUUGCAUUUCAAGAGAGAGUCUUGAUUCCUCUCUGACUCAGUGUUGUCCAUAGCAAACAACGAGGAGUGCAUGUACUGUCCGCCCCAUUACCGCCUGCUCCUCAGGCAGAGUGGAGAGGAGGUAAAGAGUGGGCAGUGUCACACAGGGUGAAAUACACCUGAAGAGGAUAAGCACUCAGCAGCCUGGCACCAGCAACCAGAGGAUAGCCUAUAUCUACCCACACACACACCACAUUGUCUCUCGUCAUGUUGACCUACUUCAGAGCAUUCAUUUGCAUUCAUUUGUCAUUCAUUUAUGUUUUGAUCCACUUGAUCAAAACAUAAAUGUACAGCAUACAUGUGCGGGAGUGAUUUUUAUAUUUGAUCAAGUGUCCUAGACUGACUGGCACUGGGUUGCCAUUUAACCUUGUGCAGUGGGAUGCAACGUGAUGUGGAGGAAGCAAAGCAUGGCCCAUUAUACUCACUCUCCAAUGCCCAUGCUAGUUCAGAGUGUAGCUAUCCAUGCUAGUGAUUAGAGGACAUGUGGCUAAGUGUAAAGAUAAUCACUAAUGUGGACCACCGACCUGGGUGCUCCAGUGUCCAAAGGUCCUCCGGUGCCACAACUGACCAUGCAAGUUCCAGAAACACCCACUGACAAACAGAAACACAUAUACCCAAUGUUUUAACCAAGAGAGACCACCCUUUCUUUAUGCAGCUAGUUUUAAACCAUCUUGAGACUGAUCUGAUUAGGAAGAGGAAGAGAUGCAAUUAGGAUAAGAAAGAGACAGUUUAGGAGGAGGAGGAAGAGACGCCGUCUGCUUGCAGUUGUUUUAUUGCACUGUUAGAAUAGCUACAGUGUUAUCCAAGAGGUCUGAAAUUACAAUUUAGGUGCGGAAAAUGAAGUCAGCCCUUGAUCACAGAGGACCUGCGUGUUGGAAAUUAAAUCAAUCAACUAAAUGGAUUUUCUGCGUGAUAAUCCCAAAACACCUAGACUCAAAACACUGACAUACUGUAUGUCACCUAGGUUCGUACAAAGCUCCUGUUUGUCUCUUUAAAUGAAUUUGUUUAUGCGUGAUACCUUAGUGCAACGUUUGAAACAUUUUGAACCUGAGAGAGACAGGAGAGAAUAAUAUUGUGUUCUUAAGAGAUGCCAUUGUGCUUUUCCUGGUGAAUUUAAGCAACACACCCUAUUCAGACUCCUUGACUUUUUCCACAUUUUGUUACGUUACAGCCUUAUUCUAAAAUGGAUUAAAUACAUGUUUUUCCUCAUCAAUCUACACACAAUACCCCAUAAUGACAAAGCGAAAAAAGGUUUUUAGAGAUAAAAAACAGAAAAUACCUUAUUUACAUAAGUAUUCAGACCCCAGAAUCGAAAUGGGCUCAGGCGCAUCCUGUUUCCAUUGAUUAUGGGGCGGCGCACAAUUGGCCCAGCGUCGUCCAGGGUAGGGGAGGGAAUGGCCGGCAGGGAGGUCGCUCAGUUGGUAGUGCAUGGUGUUUGCAACGCCAGGGUUGUGGGUUCGAUUCCCACGGGGGGCCAGUAUGAAAAAAUAAAAUAACGUAUGCACUAACUGUAAGUCACUCUGGAUAAGAGCGUCUGCUAAAUGAUGUAAAUGUAAAAAUUAUCCUUGAGAUGUUUCUACAACUUCAUUGGAGUCCACCUGUGGUAAAUUCAAUUGAUUGGACAUGAUUAGGAAAGGCACACACCUGUCUAUAUAACAUCCCACAGUUGUCAGAGCAAAAACCAAGCCAUGAGGUCAAAGGAAUUGUCCGUAGAGCUCCGAGACAGGAUUGUGUCAAGAUCUGGGGAAGGGUACCGAAUAAUGUCUGCAGCAUUGAAGGUCCCCAAGAACACAGUGGCCUCCAUCAUUCUUAAAUGGAAGAAGUUUAGAACCACCAAGACUCUUCCUAGAGCUGGCCACCCGGCCAAACCGAGCAAUCGGGGGAGAAGGGCCUUGGUCAGGGAGGUAACCAAGAACCCGAUGUCAUCCAGAGUUCCUCUGUGGAGAUGGGAGAACCUUCCAGAAGGACAACAAUCUCUGCAGCACUCCACCAAUCAGGCCAGACGGAAGCCAUUCCUCAGUAAAAGGCACAUGACAGCCCGCUUGGAGCUGGCCAAAAGGCACCUAAAGACUCUCAGAUCAUGAGAAACAAGAUUCUCUGGUCUGAUGAAACCAAGAUUGAACUCUUUGGCCUGAAUGCCAAGUGUCACGUCUGGAGGAAACCUAGCACCAUCCCUACGGUGAAGCAUGGUGGUAGCAGCAUCAUGCUGUGGGGAUAUUUUUCAGUGGCAGGGACUGGGAGACUAGUCAGGAUCGAGGGACAGAUGAACGGAGCAAAGUACAGAGAGAUCCUUGAUGAAAAUCUGCUCCAGACCGCUCAGACUGGGGCGAAGGUUCACCUUCCAUCAGGACAAUGACCCUAAGCACACAGCCAAGACAACGCAGGAGUUGCUUCGGGACAAGUCUCUGAAUGUCCUUGAGUGGCCCAGCCAGUACCAGACUUCAACCUGAUCGAACAUCUCUGGAGAGACCUGAAAAUAGCUGUGCAGCAAAACUCCCCAUCCAACCUGACAGAGCUUGAGAGGAUCUGCAGAGAAGAAUGGGAGAAACUCCCCUAAUACAGGUGUGCGAAGCUUGUAGCGUCAUACCCAAGAAGACUCGAGGCUGUAAUCACUGCCAAAGGUGCUCCAAUAAUGUACUGAGUAAAGGGUCUGAAUACUUAUGUAAAUGUGAUAUUUCCGGGUUUUAAAAAAUAUAUAUUUGCAACAAAAAAAAAUACAACUGUUUUUGCUUUGUCAUUAUGGGGUAUUGUGUGUAGAUUGAUGAGGGGGGGAAAAAACGAUUUAAUCCAUUUUAGAAUAAGGAUGUAACGUCACAAAAUGUGGAAAAAGUCUAGGGGUCUGAAUACUUUCCGAAUGCACACACACACUUCCGUAUUGUCAUGUUCAGUGAUGAUUAGAAUUACUGCUCACUCUCUAGUCACUGUCUCUGCAGGGUGAGCCGAUGCCGCAGGAUGACCUGGAAGUAGCUCAAGCGGGUCGGGAGCUGAACCAGGAAGUAAAUCGUCUGAUGGUGGCCAUGAGGGACAUGCUGGCCAACAUCCAGUUUCAGGAGCCACCUAGAGAUGACAACCCUGACAGAGACGAGGGGGAGUGGGACUGAGAAAUGAGGAGGAGGACAGAGAGAGAGGUGGAGUGAGACUUGAGGGAGGGGUACCUAGAGAUGGGAAUGGAUAGAAGAAAAUUAAUUAAUUAUUAAUUAACUUAUUUAGCAGACGCUCUUAUCC